AUGGUGUACAGUGCAGCUGUGUUAUUUGGAAGCCCGUGUGUGGGGCCUCUUGUGGAGCAUCAUUUUGCACAUCUCCAAGCACUCAUGGUGCACUUGCCAUCCCCCAUGGAGGUGGACAACGAGGCUGUUGUGGACUUGGAGCUCGCCCAUGACCCCAUCCACAUCUCGCCGGGGCCCCGCAUCAUCAAGAAGCCCAUCUGUGUUGGCUGA